UCCAAACAUUGAUUGCGACAAGUUGUUAAUUUGACACCCAAAAUCAACCGGCUGCUCCAUUUGCUUCACAAGUUUCAGAUAGAGAGCUAGCCAUGAAACCUCCAGUUUUAGGAAAUUUUAUUUCGAGCGGAAUUGAUGAAGUUAGAGGGCUGGUUUUGCUGAGCUUUUUUUUACAAAUAUUGCUCAUCAUAUUUGGUUCUAAACGAAAAUACAUUGCGAGAACUUGGAUAACGGUCCUUAUUUGGUCAACAUACAUGACGGCGGAUCCGGUGGCAACUUUUGCUCUAGGCAACAUUGCUCGAAGCCCAGGAGAUUCUACAGGUAAUAAUUCUUCAAAAUCAAUGGAACUCGAAGCAUUUUGGGCGCCAUUCCUUCUCUUGCAUCUUGGUGGCCCAGAUACUAUCACUUCUUACUCAAGAGAAGACAACGAGUUGUGGUCAAGGCGCCUUCUUGAGUUUCUUUUUCAAGUUGUAACAGCAAUUUAUGUAUUUAUGCGGUCCUUGAGAAAACACCCUCUCUCACUUUUAGCUAUUCCUAUGUUGAUCACUGGAAUUCUCAAGUAUGGAGAGAGGACUUUGGUGCUCAAGCUUUCAAGUGCCAAAAAACUUAAAGAUUCUUUGUACCCGGCUCCCGAUCCUGGUCCAGAUAUUCUUGGACGUGAUACAGUACUCGACAUGGAUAGUGUUACACAAAUGGGGACAAGCACUGAUUUGGUACCAGUAAGAAUUGAAAAAAGUGAAUGCAGCAACCCCAAAGACGAUUAUUUGGCUUCUCAUUUUUUGUUCAAGAGAUUUAGGUAUCUCUUUGCCGACUUAGUUCUUGGUUAUCACGAACAAAAGGAGAGCUAUGACAUAAUUCGUAUGAGGUCAGCAGCAGAAGCCUUCAAAUUGGUGGCAACAGAGCUUGGAUUCAUGUAUGAUGUGCUCUACACCAAGGCAACCAUAGUUUAUUCCAAAUUCGGUAUCCUUCUUCGUUGCAUCUACCUCUUCUCUCAUAUUUUUGUAUCAAUUUUCUUCUUAAUCAUCAUUCAUAAGCAUGCCUAUCCAACAAUAGACAUCUGCAUAACUUGUGUACUCCUAUUUGGGGCUGUUGUUCUGGAGAUCUUUUCAUUCAUCGCACUAGUUCUUUUCUCCGACUGGUCAAAACUUUGGUGGCCCAAUGUCACUGAAGCUUAUAAUCAAAACAAUUUCACACGACUUGAUAUAAAGAUACAUGAGCUGAGGCUUCCUAAGCAAUUGCAAGUAUUGGAAUUCGACGAGGAUGGUAUGAAUAAUAUUGAAGAAAAAUGGGAGAUGAUAAGUGAAUUUUGCGUGGAAAUGUUGGCAUAUGUUGGAAGUCAUUGUGAAUGGAAAGAACACGUUCAACAACUUAGGAAAGGUGGAGAGUUGAUCACUCACGUAUCCUUCUUAUGA